AUUUUGCAACGUGCACAUCGUGCACUUUUCUUUCCUUCGUACGGACUUUGUGACAUCGAAAUAUUGUGAAUAUUUAGUGAAUUUUGUGAUUUAUCAAGUGCCUUUAUAUAAACGGAUAUUCAACGAAUCCGUUAAUUAAACUCACCGAAUUCGUGAAAUGAGAGGUGGUGGUGUCUGCUGGGACAUGACUUCGACCUGCGUUCAAGGUGGACUCCCACGCCCACUGGGUGGCUAUCAACCAAACGUUAUCAUGGAGCCGCAUUCGCCGGCACCCGCAUGGAACAUGCAUCAAUCUGUUGUUCCUAAACAAGAACCAAUGGAUGAAGAUAUGCCGAAUGAUUCCGGUAUUAACUCCGGCAGUGAUUUCCACUCAUCAUCGCCUGGUAGUGAUAACAGCCAAGAUUACAACCCAGUUUACUCAGCACCAAACAUGGCUCCACAUGCGCCAUACUACUCUACGCCUGUGACCAGCCAGUGUGGACGACAAUCCAAUUUCUCGAUGUAUCACAUGGGAUUCAAUCCGUUGACACCACCCAGUAUUGAACCGCUAGUUUCACCCAAACCGCCCAAACUCGAAGCACAAGCUGAUGAGUGUAAUACUACACUUACUCCACAUGCUUCACCAACGCCACAAGAACCAAAGACACCUUCUUCAACCGACAGUGAUAAACGCCGUGAUGAUCACGAUAAUCCGCUACGGCAACUGCAAAUGACUUUUGAAAAGAACGGACUUCUUCCCUCUGCACUCUCGCCAAAAACCAACAGCGAACAUUCUGGCGAUGAUGACAUCAAAGAAUCAUGGGAUGAAAAUGAAGAAGGUGUGCGUACCCCAGCAGUUAAUUCACAUGGCAAAGUUAAGACUUUUAAAUGUAAGCAAUGUGACUUUGUUGCCAUUACCAAGAUGGAUUUCUGGGAGCACAGUAAAGCGCACAUCAAGACCGAUAAGAUUCUAACCUGUCCAAAAUGUCCAUUUGUGACUGAAUACAAACAUCAUCUAGAGUACCACUUGAGGAAUCACUUUGGCUCCAAGCCAUUCAAGUGCGACAAAUGUAAUUACUCCUGCGUGAAUAAGUCGAUGCUUAAUUCACACAUGAAGUCUCAUUCCAAUGUGUACCAGUACAGAUGCCAGGACUGCAGCUAUGCCACCAAAUAUUGCCAUUCGUUGAAACUACAUCUUCGUAAGUACCGUCAUCAACCAGCGAUGGUGCUUAAUCCAGACGGCACUCCGAAUCCUUUACCGAUCAUUGAUGUCUAUGGUACGCGUCGUGGUCCAAAACAGAAGGGAAACAACUUAAAAGGUGACCAGACUCCUAUUGACCCUGAACAUGCAACUUCUUUUAUUCCCACCUCCCAAGCCCAACCUCUUCCCCAACUUGCUAACAAUCCCUUUGCUACUAUCAUGAACUUUGCUUCCCAAGGUCAACUUUCUAAUUUACCUUUCCCAUAUCCUUUCUUCCCGGGAGCUUUGAGUAACCAGCUUUUGUUGGCUCAACAACUUGCAUCACAUAACGCAUCAGCCUACGAAGAUCGCUGCUCCGAGAAGUCCACCUCACCGCCACCAUCAGUGUUCAUGUCAGAAAACAACGAAGAAACUUUCAGUCAGCAGGAAACCACGGGUGCUUUGGAUCUGUCCAAACCGGAAGCACCAACCAAGCAUCGUCGCAAGGGUAAGGCAUUCAAGUUGGAACGUCCUCAGCUACAGAUGCAGUCUGAUGGAGAAGAAGAACCCAAAGAUCCAGAUGUACCAACACCUAUCAAGGCUCUGACGACACCACUACUCCCAGCGGUGAUUAAAGCAGAACCAUCACCACUACCGCCGACGAUUCCAAGCGCCGCCGACUGCACAUGCAAAUUCUGCGGUAUUGCCUUCGGCGACGUCGUUCUCUACACCAUGCACAUGGGUUACCACGGCUAUAAAGACCCAUUCACUUGCAACAUGUGCGGCGAGCAGUGCAACGACAAAGUGGCCUUCUUCUUGCACAUCGCGCGCAACCCACACACAUAAACUUGAACCCACAGAUUUUACCACAAAAUCUAGUCACCGAAUGAACAAGUCUAUAUAUUGAUUGAUCUCGUUUGUCCGACAUACACAAACAUACACACAGAUGGAGUGCAAUUGUUUUAGUUUAGAUUUUAUCGAAAAUAACUACGUCAUACAAAGUGAGUUUUAUUAUUAGUUCUUAAUGAAAGUAUUUAUUGUUUAACGUAUCGUCGAUGAUUAUGUAUAAGUUUAUGUUCAGCUGAGUGAUUAUUAAAGGACGAGUCAAAUUUUCGACAAAUAUUGUAAAUACGAGUAUUCACUAACAGUCAUUUUCUUGUAUCACAUAAAUUAAAUAUAUACUUAGUAAUAAUAAAUAUUGUAAAUUGAUCAAAACAUUGAAAUGCUAGAAUCCAAAUAUUGCCUUUGAAUUGAAUGUCAAAAGAUUCAGUACGAAUAUUUCGUUUGUUUGUGCACGACGAUAAACACGACUAAAAUAAGUUAUUUCUAAAGCGAAGAUCUGUAGUUGACUUUGCAACCCGAUGAGUACGUUAUUGGGGCCAUACCAAACCAAGACUGAUGUAGAUACGAAACUAUUAAGUUGUCGAGUGAAUGGUUUUAGUUUUAGAUUGUAUUUAGUCCAGAAAUGGUAUACUCUGAGCAACCGAUCAAAAAGUUUAUGCAUUAAUAUGAAAUUGUAUAUAUUUUUACGUAGGUAUUUAAUAUUAUUCGCUCACUAAUUAAUAAGCAACUUAAACAAUUAUACUAAAAUGAUACUUUUGUGUACUGAU